AUGAAGGACCUUUACACCUUUGAUGCUACAGAAGACGCUGCUCUGAAAACCUAUAGACAGGUGCAAGGUGCCUAUCAGGCGCUAUUCGAGGAGAUUGGCCUUCCAUAUAUACACGCGGAGGCCGACUCCGGAAACAUGGGAGGCUCAGUAUCUCAUGAGUACCAUUUCCCCUCUCUCUCGGGAGAGGAUACUGUCAUAUCGUGCCCGGAUUGUGGCUACUGUGCCAACGAAGAGACUGCUCAAAUAACUCCCCAACAACCAAUAUUAGAUCUCGCCGCUUCAAGGAUCGCCACAUUUCACGGAAUUACCAAGAACCGCAAGACAUUAAUUAACAUCCAUUACCCCCGAUAUACGAAGGCUACUACUGAUGGCGUAUUAAAUGAGAUUCAUACUGGCAGAGUUAAGAACAUAAUCAGCGAUUUUGACCCCAGCGUCAUGAAACCAUUAGAUCUGUGGUUUGACGCUUUCGUCGGCUACACACAUAUAGCAGAGGAAGAAGCCUAUUCCCGCGUUGUCAAUAUUUUUGAUGCACGCAUUCCUUCCUCCCUCUACGGGAGUCUCCCUCCAAGCCGUUUUAACAACAUGAUCAAGAAGAAGGCCAUGGAUUAUUUCCCAAUCCCAACUAUUUCGAUCACUCCUGAUAAUCCCGAAUUUGGCUCCUCACUCAAUUUGUUAAAAAUCCAGGGCGGGGAUGGAUGUCCUAAGUGCGGAGUAGGAAAACUAAAAACUACAGGAGCUAUAGAGCUGGGCCAUACUUUCCACCUUGGAACACGAUAUACAGUCCCCCUACGAGCGAAUGUUCUUAAUGAGGCUGGUGAAUGGAAACCAAUGGUAAUGGGAUGCCACGGCAUUGGGGUAUCAAGAAUGAUCCCCGCCAUCGCUGAAGGCUAUAGUGACCACAACGGGCUUUGUUGGCCCAGGGUCGUCGCCCCGUACGACGUUGUUCUAGUUUGCGGAUCUAUGAAGAAAAACGCAGUAGUGCCACCGAAAGAAGAUAUAGAAGCAGUAUACGAUGUUCUAGUUUCUAAGGGCUUGGCGGGUGGGACUGAUGUGGACGUUAUUUUAGAUGAUCGGGACAAAGACAUUGUCUGGAAGAUAAAGGAUGCUGUUCUUGUCGGAUAUCCAAUCAUGUGCAUCAUGGGAAAAUCAUGGGUGGAUUCUAAGAAGGUUGAGAUCGAGGUCAGAAAGACGGGGGCAAGGUUGGGGGUCGAGCUUGGCAAUCUGAGGACGGUCAUUGAAGGUCUACUUAAUGAGCUGUAG